AAUGUGUACUCAUUUCUUUACUUUCUCAGGCGGUUUCACGCUUUUAUUUCCUGAUCUUUGACUCCGAACUUACACGGAUGCGACCACCAACUUAAAUCGUUUUUUGUUUGUUUGUUUGUUUGUUUUUCUCUCUCGUCGGUCUGAGAUUUUUUCUCCUUUCGUCGUCGUCGUGCUCUUAUUCUCCUCGCGGAGACACCCCUCUUCCGCCGUAAUCUCGCCGGAAACCUCCUUCCAACUCCUCAUUGGCCGGAAGACCGCUUUUAACCACUUUCUCCCAGUCGACGCCAGUCCACGGAGGCUUCUGUCUCUGGUUUCGAGUGGCGGUGCUAGGGUUUCGGCCGGAACGUCGUUGGUUGGAGUUCGGAGUAGAGAGGCAGAUCUGCGAAUUCCAGGCUUGAAGACGGUGAGGAGAGAUAGAGAGAGAGAGAGAGAGAGAAUUUGGUGAGGUGAUGUGAAGGUUGAUGGUAGUGUACGGAAGAGAGUGUGGUGGUGGUUGUAGUUGAUGAUGACCGGAACUCCUCAGACAAAUCGCAGUGGGAGGUGGUGUUCCGGUAAAUCUCUCACAUGGAAUGGCAGAUCUUGUUAGCUACGGUAAUGCCAACCGUGACAUUGAGCAGGCAUUAAUUGCUCUGAAGAAGGGUACUCAAUUGCUUAAAUAUGGUCGUAAGGGAAAGCCUAAAUUUUGUCCAUUUAGAAUUUCUAAUGAUGAAUCAUCUUUGAUCUGGAUUUCUAGUAGUGGUGAGAGAAGUUUGAAGUUAGCUUCGGUUUCAAGAAUCAUUCCUGGACAAAGAACUGCUGUUUUCCAAAGGCAUCUGCGACCAGAAAAAGAUUACCUGUCCUUUUCUCUUAUAUACAACAACGGAAAACGAUCCCUUGAUCUGAUCUGCAAGGACAAAGUUGAGGCGGAGGUGUGGAUUGCUGGCCUUAAAGCAUUAAUAUCCUCAGGCCAAGGUGGGCGCUCAAAAAUUGAUGGACGGAGUGAUGGAGGCCUCUAUUUUGAAGAUAAUAGAGACUUGACGUCAAAUAGUCCGAGUGACAGUUCUGUUAGUGGUACGCGUGAUAUUAGCUCCCCGGAGUUUUCUGUGAGUUCAAACACAAACACUUCACCCAGGAGUUAUCGGCUUGAGAAUUCUUUGCAUUUUGAGAGGUCACAUGUAGCUUUGGACCAAGCAAGUAUGCAAGUGAAAGGAUCUGGUUCAGAUGCUUUUCGAGUUAGUGUAUCUAGUGCUCCCAGCACUUCCAGUCAUGGUUCUGCUCCAGAUGAUUGUGAUGCUUUAGGGGAUGUAUACAUAUGGGGUGAGGUUAUAUGUGAUAAUCUUGUCAAGGUUGGGGCUGAUAAAAAUGGCAAUUCUUUGAGUAAAAGAGUUGAUGUACUUCUUCCAAAGCCAUUAGAGUCCAAUGUAGUUUUGGAUGUACAUCAUGUAGCCUGUGGGGUCAGGCAUGCUGCCCUUGUCACCAGGCAAGGCGAACUUUUCACCUGGGGUGAAGAAUCUGGAGGACGGCUUGGUCAUGGCGUUGGUAAAGAUGUUACCCAACCUUGUUUAGUUGAAGCCUUAGCAUUUUGUAGUGUUGAUUUUGUUGCAUGUGGAGAGUUUCACACUUGUGCUGUUACAAUGGCUGGUGAAAUUUAUACAUGGGGAGAUGGCACACAUAAUGCUGGGCUUCUUGGUCAUGGUAAUGAUGUGAGUCACUGGAUACCAAAGAGAAUUGCUGGUACUCUCGAGGAACUCCAAAUUGCUAUGGUAACUUGUGGUCCAUGGCACACGGCCUUGGUAACAUCAACAGGUCAGCUUUUUACAUUUGGUGAUGGAACUUUUGGCGUCUUGGGCCAUGGAGACAGGGAAAGUGUUUCAUAUCCAAGAGAGGUGGAAUCUUUGUCAGGGUUGAGGACAAUUGCUGUGGCAUGUGGGGUGUGGCAUACUGCUGCCAUUGUGGAGGUUAUUGUUACACAGUCAACUGCAACUGUUUCGUCUGGUAAAUUGUUUACAUGGGGGGAUGGAGAUAAAAAUCGCCUUGGACAUGGAGACAAGGAACCUCGGCUUAAACCUACGUGUGUGCCAGCACUUAUUGAGUUCAAUUUUCACAAAAUUGCUUGUGGGCAUAGUUUAACUGUUGGCUUGACCACUUCAGGACAUGUUUUUACAAUGGGUAGCACUGUUUAUGGUCAGCUAGGCAAUCCUCAUUGUGAUGGAAAGGUUCCUUGCUUGGUGGAAGAUAAGCUUUUUGGGGGAUCUGUUGAAGAGAUUGCCUCUGGUGCAUAUCAUGUGGCAGUAUUAACAUCGAAGAAUGAGGUGUAUACGUGGGGAAAGGGAGCUAAUGGAAGGCUGGGCCAUGGAGAUAUAGAAGAUCGGAAAACACCAAUGUUAGUUGAAGCUUUGAAGGAUAGGCAUGUUAAAUUUAUUGCUUGUGGUUCAAACUACACUGCAGCUAUAUGUCUUCACAAAUGGGUGUCUGGGGCUGAGCAGUCUCAGUGCUCAGCUUGCAGACAGGCUUUUGGGUUUACCAGGAAGAGGCACAACUGCUACAAUUGCGGACUUGUGCACUGCCAUUCAUGUAGUUCGAGAAAAGCAUUAAGAGCAGCCCUGGCUCCUAAUCCCAGCAAACCAUAUCGUGUAUGUGAUUCCUGCUUUGCCAAACUGAGCAAAGUGGCAGAAGCUGCUGCUAAUAGCAGGAGGAAUGCCAUACCACGCCUUUCAGGUGAAAACAAGGAUAGGUUAGACAAGGCUGAAAUAAGAUUAUCCAAGUCGGCAAUACCUUCUAAUGUUGAUUUAAUAAAGCAAUUAGAUAACAAAGCAGCUAAACAAGGAAAGAAAGCUGAUGCAUUGUCAUUAGGUCGUACCAAUCAAGCACCUUCUCUGUUACAGCUUAAAGACGUGGUUAUAUCCACCGCUGUUGAUCCGCGUCGAACAGUUUCCAAACCUGUUCUUACACCAUCUGGUGUUAGUUCCAGAUCUGUGUCACCUUUCUCUAGGAAACCUAGCCCACCACGUUCUGCAACACCUGUUCCUACGACUACUGGACUUUCCUUCUCCAAAAAUAUUGCAGAUAGUUUGAAGAAAACAAAUGAACUUUUGAAUCAAGAAGUUCAGAAAUUACGUGCCCAGGUUGAGAGCCUCCAACAACAGUGUGAGCUUCAAGAAUUGGAGCUUCAAAAAUCAACGAAGAAAGCUCAGGAUGCUAUGGCCCUUGCCACAGAAGAAUCUGCUAAAUCUAAAGCUGCAAAAGAAGUGAUAAAAUCACUUACCUCACAGCUCAAAGAUAUGGCUGAGAGGCUGCCAUCCGAGGUCUAUGAUGCCGAUCGUGUUAGGGCAAUUCACCUACCCAAUGGCUUGGAACCAAACGGCAUUCACUACCCUGAUGCAAAUGGAGUACGACAUUCUGAUUCAAUCAAUAGCUUUCACUUGGCCUCCUCCGUGGAAACUGACCCUACUACAAUAAAUGGAGCUCAGAGCCCCGGUGAAUUGCCUAGGGACCCACUUGGAGCUAAGGAAAGAAAUGCGUAUCAUCAGAGCCAGAGACUUCAGAACACUAGUGUGAGUGAUGAACAUCCAGAUGUCAGGCUUCCAAAUGGUAGUGGAGGCAGUGAUAGCAUGGAGUCUGGACCUAUCCAAGAUAGUGACAGUACAAGAUCUAGGAAUUCGGCAUUGACUGGUAAUGCUAAUAAUCAAGUUGAGUCUGAAUGGAUUGAACAGUAUGAGCCCGGUGUGUACAUAACACUUGUCGCCCUCUGCGAUGGAACUAGAGAUCUCAAACGAGUGCGCUUCAGCCGGAGAAGGUUUGGCGAGCACCAAGCGGAGACAUGGUGGUCAGAGAACCGUGAAAAGGUUUACGAAAGGUACAAUGUUCGUGGGUCAGACAAGUCAUCAGUCUACAGUCAGGCUGCCCGCCGAUCAGAGGGAGGUGUCUCGCCGUCUUCCCAAAUUUAGCAACUUGAUUAGAGGAAAUUUUCUAUCAAACCGUUUUGUAACUGUCAAUUGUGAAGGAUUCUUAGGUUAAGCAGUAGACCCAAUAUUAGAUCCCCUCUUUUGUCUUCUUUCUGAUCCCAUUUUAUAAUUUAUGUAUUCUAGUUCAAUUUAAUUUUCUGGGUAUUUGCCCUAUUUUUUUUUCUUAGUUUUCUGGUUGUGGGUAUGUGCUCUUUAUCUAUCUGUUGUAUUGUAGUGUAUAUAAAAACAAAAAAUUAUGAUAAUCUAGGUAGAUUUUUUGUCCA